CGGCAAAUUUUAAAAUAAUUAUGUUGGAUUAAUACAUACACGCACCAUAAUUUUAUUUCCACCAGCAUUCAGUUCGUUGACAUCGAUUCUAUAGUUGUUACUUACCAAUAGAAUUAAUAAAAUGAACACAGCCUAGCUCUUUCAUUUAGUAAGUCUGCGCAAGGCGGCUAACAUGCGCAGAUCUCUGCAUUGCUACAAACGAGCUCCGUAGCUUAGCAUAUCGUGAAAAAAAAUACUUUUGUAAUAACUCUCGUGCGACAUAAUGCAGGUUUAACUAAUGUGUUAACAAAUUCUUGAAAGUGAAAAAAUAUGUGAGACUCAGUGACAUUCCUCAACAACAAAGGACUAUUAUAACAAGACACGAAUGAGAGCACUUGAUAUUUAUUGAAGAAGUAGUUGAAAGACCAUGGACAACGAGCAACCACAUCAGGAGUUGGUCAAAUGUGUGGUGGUAGGUGACACGGCUGUCGGCAAGACGCGGUUGAUAUGCGCACGCGCAUGUAACAAACAUGUGUCGCUAUCGCAGUUGAUGACCACGCAUGUGCCCACAGUCUGGGCCAUUGAUCAGUACAGGAUUUAUAAAGACGUGUUGGAGAGAUCCUGGGAAGUGGUAGACGGUGUCAAUGUGUCUCUGCGUUUGUGGGAUACUUUUGGUGACCACGAGAAGGACAGAAGAUUCGCAUACGGAAGAUCUGACGUGGUGCUAUUAUGCUUCUCUAUAACGAAUCCCAUAUCAUUGCGAAACUGCGGCGCGAUGUGGUACCCGGAAAUAAGACGAUUCUGCCCAAACACGCCGGUGCUUUUAGUCGGAUGCAAAAACGAUCUACGUUACAUGUACAGAGACGAAACCUAUCUGAACUAUUGUAAAGAUCGCAGUCCGUUUAUAAGGGCACCAAGAAAAAGCGAUCUCGUGAUGCCGGACCAAGGGCGAGCUUUGGCUCAUGAGUUCGGCAUCUAUUACUAUGAAACAUCAGUUUUUACGUACUACGGGGUGAAUGAAGUGUUUGAAAAUGCAAUUAGAGCUGCCCUUAUAGCGAGACGACAACAAAGGUUUUGGAUGACUAAUCUGAAAAGGGUGCAACGACCUCUGCUGCAAGCCCCGUUCCGACCGCCUAGGCCUAUGGAACCCGAGGUUGCAGUUGUCAACAGCGUUUAUCUAGAGAACACAGCAACUCUGCUACGUCAACAGUACUUCUCGGACAUGGUGAUAAUAUGCGGCGCGAAGGGUUUCCCGGUGCAUCGGUUCAUGAUGGCGGCCGCGUGCGAAGCGUUCCACCGACUCUUGACCACCGACUGUGCAAGUCUCUCCGCCGAGCUGGCCAGGAGUUCCAGUGAGAGCAGCAUGGUCAGCAGCAUGGGUGAGGCGACGACGGGUGAUUUCAACGAAGACACAGAGUAUUUGAUCAGACAAGAUCAGGCCAAGCAGAUGAGAGUUUGGGACCAGAUCAAACGUCGUUCGUCAUGUCAAAUCCUGCCGUUGAGCGACAACUGUAAGAAACCGCCAGAUCUAUACAGAGAAGUGAACCACCCCGCCAUCAAUUCGAUUAGAGUUGUAAAGUGCGACAAGAUACAACACGCGACGUCUCAAACGCAAACGAUCGUCACAAUGAGCAAGCUCAUCUCUCAAAUAGUGAUGCAAGAGAUCAUCAACUUCGUGUACACCGGGGCACUAGACAGCGGCACUUUUAAACAGCAAGAAAUCCGUCAAGCCGCUGAACUACUCGGAUUCCACGAACUAACGAAGUUAAGUCAAUUCAUACUCGAUCAGCACUUAUUGUUCGACAAGGGAUUUAUGCUUCAAUUUCAUACGCCGCUUCCCCAAAGACUUCGUGACAUGUACGUCGAGAGGAACUUGUUUGCUGACGUUACCUUCGAUCUCGAUGAUGGCAUCCAUCUCGCCCACCGCGCAAUACUGAUGGCGAGGUGUGAUCCAAUGAAGGCGAUGUUUCAAGGUCACUUCAGGGAAAGCACGUCCAGAGUGAUAUCAUUCCCCGGAGUGAAGAUGUACGCGUUCCACAUACUGCUAUGCUACAUAUAUACGGACAAGAUCCCCACAGUGGAGCCGACGCGCUGCCUCGAGUUGCUGGAGCUGGCCAACAGGCUGUGCAUGAACCGCCUCGUCAACCUUGUCGAGGCGCGCGUCAUAGACCAGCUGCAGAGGCAGGACAGAGUGUGCGGUGAAGAUGAUCAAGUUGUGGAAAUUGCCCUGUCAUUGUUGGAGCCAGUGAAGUUGCACAACGCGCACAACCUGUGGUCGUGGUGCCGCUGGCGGCUGUGCGGCGCGUACGACCGCGUGUGCCGCGCGCGCCACCUCAGCCAGGCCUCGCGCGACUACCUCGCCGACCACCGCUGGCCGCCUGUCUGGUAUGUGAAGGAGUACGAUUAUUACCAGAAGUGUGUGAACGAGCAGUCGAAAGAGAAAAAGGAGAUCGGUCCCACCACGUCGCUGCAGGCCAACCAGCAGACCGGCUGCUUGUGCUUUUCUAGCAAGGCGCGGCGCUCGAGCGAGGUGGCGGGCGCGGGGGCUGCGGCGGGCGCGGCUGUGGCGGAGGGGGAGGAGGGCGCGCUGUGCCGCCCCGAGCCCGCGCAGCACGACCCGCCCCUCUGACACCAGCCUUAUUGGAGGUCUCUCCGAUUCGCAGUGCUCCUGCCAGUAUCGAUGUGUUUCAUGAGCACUAUACUGACUAUAAUCGUACUUUUUCACGUUUACACAUAAAUCGACACACCACAUCUAACGGUAGUUAAAUACGCACUAAUAAACUUUAAACUCACUCGACUGCUAUUUUUAUCGUAACGGUUUUUGGUACGACGUUGCACUGUCGAUAAUUUCGUCUUACAUCUAUCAAAUGGAGGGAUUUUGUAUUUCGUAGGCGAGCGUGGUUCUAUCGAAAUUCAAGUGGAAUUUAGUCAGAUAAAUAAAUACAAAAUCGAGGAAAAAUAUUUUCUAGUAUUACAUAAUGAAAGUUUUGAUCUCUAUUACUGAAAAAAAUAUUCAUAUACAGCACUGUAUUAUUAAGACUUGCAAGCUUUUUUUGACAUAAAAUAAAACACAAAAAAUAGCAUAAUAUUAUACUUAGUUUAGUGCUGCGCUCGCCUGAAAUGGGUGUUUGCGGGAACCGAUUUAUCGAACUUAUACUUGUUGCGUCUGUCUCAAAAUGCGAAGCUGAGCUCAAUUUCAUAUAAAUUACUUUAGUAAUAUUUCGCGAGCUACAGUUAUCUUAUAGUUUUGUGUGUCGCUAGAUUUAGUGCUGUUUUUUAUUUAUCGAUAUUUUCGGAGCUUGAAUGUUUGUAUAAGAUUUUGGAAGGAAAAGAAAUGGUUGGGUAGGUAAAUUUAAGAAGAAAAUAGGAAGGGAUUAGCUUAAGUAGUUUGCCAGAAUAUUCGUCCGAACGUCGAUUUUUAGGGUUGCAAAAACCUGAUAAAUUAUUUCAAUUAAAAUGAGCUUUGUGCGAUUAAUAAAUGCAUUUAGAAUUGAAUCUGUAAAUCAGAUUUUGUAUUAUAUAUUAUGUUGGGUUGGAUGGAUGGAUUAUACGUAUAUAAGCAUUUAUCGUGUUUAGAUUGUUUGGAAUUGUAGGGGUUUAAAGUAUGGUUACACUCGACGCACGCCACGCUAAGUCAUAUUAUGCACCUCUAAUUUUACUGUCCACAAUGUUCUUUUUUAACAAAACACAAUUUUAACGGCUUUAUCAAUGGUGGCGUAUUAUCUAUAAAUUUAUUUUUAUUUACAAGUCAAAUUAUUUUUAUUGGUAUAUGUUAUGAACUAGAUAUUAAGAUACUUAACAAUAGCAUUGUCUGUAAUAGACGAAAAUUUAGGUAGUUUUGCUACUAACAAGUUAUUAACUAUUAUAAUAUUUUAAGGCAGAAAGUGCGCAUCGAUUAAAUUCUUUCUAGGUUUUAUGGCUGUACUAUUUCAUAUUAGAUUGCGACGUGAUGUAGCGUGGCGUGACAUCACGUAGGCGUAGUAUGUUGAGGAUAUUGUUUAUGGAGAUAUGGAUAGGACUUUCGCUUGGUGCUUGUUUGUUAAAGUGUGACUUGUAAGCGUAGAACAUAUUGAAUAUGUAUAAAGUAAUUUGUCUUAAAUAGUUUCGUGGGAAAUUUCAUCUUGUACUGAAUUUUUGACAAGAUGUUGCGGGACUUGUGGCGGAUUUACUACUGAGCCAAACUGUUUUAUUGAUGCGUCAUAUAAUUAUUAUUUUGGUCACCUAGUCUUACCUACCAUGAAUGAUUGGUGCCAACAAAACAUUGCCUAUUUUUACGUAAAUCGUGACUGGCCAAUGUAUUAAUAAUUUUGUCGACAGUUGACACUUAUAAGGUCUAGUUUGUCCGUCAUUAAGUCAGUCAUCAAUCCGUUAUCACUUGAAAACUAAAUUCUUAAAAACCAUUUAAUAUUCUUAAUUCUGAACACUUUGCCUCAAUGCUUUCACAAUUGGUAGCCUCCUUUUUUUGUGUAAUUCCAAUUUUUAUAAUGACAUUAAAUAAAGCAAUUUAAUAAAAAGUCAUGAUAAAAAUUUCAAAGAAGGAAAUAUAUUUCGUUCAUAUAUUUUGUAAUGUACCUAUAAUCUAUAAAAUGUACGUUUUUUAAUUUAAUUAUGUAAUGUAACUAGAUUAAGAAGGCUUUUCAUUAAAUUCACGAGGUUUGUUUUAUAAAAAAAAAAACAUAUUUGUAGUGUUAAAAUUCUUAAAAUGUUCCUAUUUUUGUAUUAUUUAAAAUUUAAAGUGAAUAUUUAUUCAGCUUUCUUUACGUGUAAUUUUGUUAAAAAUCCAUUUAUACAUUAUUUGCCUUAGGAUUGUUCACAAAAACUUUGGGAUAAGUAUAAUUUGGAAAUGUGAAUUUCAUAGUAAUUUUAUUUAUGAAUAUGACUUAAUACCUAAUCUUUAAAGGUGAAUUAAGUGAAAAUAUGGCAUUCCUGUGAUAUGGCCUGUUUAAGUUAUUCUGCUAUUAGCAAUUCUAUAUUUUUAUUUCGCUGGAAUCUUGCCAAUCGAUAACGGUAGAACAUAAGUUCUAUAAAUUAUACUAUUGUUUAAUAACAAAGUUGUUCUGAAUAUUUCAAAUACAUAAAUACAAUCAGUAUUAUAAUAUUAUGAAAGUGUUUCGCCGAUGAUUGUAGUCUGUGAUAGUUUCUAAUAUCAAAACUGUGAUCCGUAGGUCAAACCACGAGUAAGAUACCAAAGAAUAUAAGAGUAUGGUCGGCAAAAUACUGAGACAAAUAAAAUAUUUUCAUAAUUCGUGAAAAUAAUGACAUAUCAAUGUCUUUUUCGUUUCCGUUCCUUUACACAGUAUUUUCUGUCAUAUAGUAGAAUAUUAUUUCUACAUUAAUUUAAAAUUUCGUUGGUUCGUUCUCUUCAAAUAAUUAUAAUAGUUCAUAUUUGCACUAUAGUAUAGACCAACCUUCUAAUAGUUACUAUGUUGCACUUAGUCGAAGCAUCAUAGCUGCCAUAUAUAAUAUAUACUAGAAAAUAUAUAAUUUAAAUUAGAAAUAUAGUAUUUAAUUAAUAUUUUAUUUGAAUAAUUUUGUAAUAUUUAGCCGGCCAUACAUUUAAAUUAAUCGUAUGAGAUUAAUUGUUCAUUGAGAGUGUAUUGGGUACGUAAUGUAUUGUUUGCAUGAUGAAAGAAGCAACAAUUGUUGGAAAAUAAUGUUUUUUGUUUUAUGUACAGGGUGAUUAUUUAUUUAAUUAUAUUCGUAAACCUAAGCUAGGAUGAAUGAUGUGGUUAUAAAAUUUAUUUGUAUUUAUAAGAAUAAUCAUGCAUUUUUUAUUAAGAUUUCAAUCUUCGGCUAUUGUGUAAGCGAUUCUGUUUACAAAAUAAUAUUACAGACUAAAGUUUUCGAAUGGCUUAAAGAGAAUGUUUUUUUUUUUAUUUCCUUUAUGUACCUAUCAAUUUAAAUAGUAUUCCAUCGUAUGAUUCUAAAAUUGUGUUAUAAUAAUAAGUGUAUGCUAGAAAACAAUAGGAUUUCGAAAUUUAAAUCACUGUCCGAAUUGUCUUGCAAUAUUACUUUUUUUUUGUACCGGGGAAUUGUCAGAGAAUAUACUUUUCUACAGAAUAAUCAAAAGUAUCUUUUGCCAUGUAUUUAACAUUUUUAUAACCGUCUUGUCUACUUGAAAUACGGAAUCACAAUAUUAAAUUUUGAAUAGUAACUCAUUUGUUACCAUAAGUCUUAGUAAGGUCGAAUUUCGUUAUGGGUUGCCUGAUUUGUCUCAAUUUCAUUCACAAUCUUUGGGACCAAACUAUAUCAUGUGAAUUAUAAAGAAACUAAUCAAUAGUAUAUUCACGCAAUUUACAUCUGCUGAAAUAGUAAGCUACAAAGAUGCAAGUCUUUUCCAUUUUUAUAGUUAUUAAAAAUUAAUUAUCGAAAUCCCAAUGUUUGCUUAAAGAUAGUAUUUAGAUCUUAUUCUGCUAUCGAUACCGAAUUUCACAUGUUGCGAUUAUUAUGUUAUUCUUCAUAAUAUAAGUAUUAUAUAUUUUUCUUAAUUAUUUCGGACAAGUUAAAAGUUAUAAAUUAUUUCUAGGAAAAAGUAACAUGGGUAUUAUUCGGCAGAAAAGUAUAUUCCAAUUUUGAUGCGCACAACGUGUGUUGAGAAAAAUGUGUUUGAUUUGAUCCGUUGGUAGCCUUAAGCUUGUAAUAAUUUAAACGUUGCGGUUUAUAGAGCGUGGUGGUUAGUACAACCCGUGCAGUUAAACAUCAUAAUGACAUUGUUAUUCUCUCUAACUUCCACACUGUUUUAGGAUUGAUUUCGAGAAACUCUUUAAAACCCAACUGCCGAUCUAUGGUGAGGUUAAACCAAUCAAAAUAAAUCGGUUGUGAAAAAAUCUAGAAAAACUAUUCUGAUUGGUUUAUUUUGCCGUCGGUACUAAGGUAGCGGUUUUUCGUUUACAGAAAUCGGCCGUUAUUCGCACUUAUAGGUAAGGUCAACAUAUUACUAUGGAGUGUUUCUCGCUCUUUACAUCACUAAAAUAUAAAAAUAUCCAAUUAAAUUAUCUCGCUAUUUCGGAUCCCACUGUUGAAUUGUGCGUGUUGUACAAACAUUCUAGCUUUACUUGUAGUGCGCUCGGCUCCAUCAGUUUCAAUGCGCUUUGUGACGUAGUUAUAAUACUUUCAAUAAGUCUGUGACGCUGUGGAGAUAUUUCAGAAAUACUUUGAGUAGAAAAAGUCGAACAAAUUAAUUAAAAUUUACAUCAACAUAUUGUACAAGGCGAUUAGUUACAUUAGUAAUUAACUUCAGUACAAUAACUCGUGCCACAAUAUCAAUUGUGUGAAAUAUCGUACACGUGUAAAAUGCAAACACAAUCAUAACAGUUGAAUACUUAAUUCUUGAUUAAAUGUUCGGAUCUUGUCUAUGGAAGUUAAAAUAUUUUCUGAAACAAAUCCACUGCGAAUAAUUACGAGUAGUAUUAUUGUCCUAAGAAUUUGAAGUACAAAGUACCAUCAUCACUACAUACACAUAUAGAGAGAAUAUUAUAAUUUUAGUUUUGUAAACACGCUGUAUGUUUUAUUAUGUAAUUGCGAUUCUACACAAUAUAACUAUUUUCUUAUCAAGCACUUGUCUGCAAUGAAAUCUAAUGUAUUUAAUUAUGUUUAGCUGUACAUAACUGAGCCCGUAGCCAAGAUUUCUUGCUGCAAUUGUUAACGCUAAUAGUUUUUCUUUUUUGGAAUGUCAUAUCGGAACGACAAUCUCAUCGCUAGGAUAUGUCCUUCCUACACAUAAAGUUAGCGUAAACGAUUGUAAGAGGAUAACUUGACUACGGUCCCUGGAAUUACCACAACUAAUAUUAUCUAAAAUUUACUUUUCAUAUAAAGGAUACCAUGAUGGAGUUUGACAAGUAAAAAGUAUUUGAUAAUGCACAUAUAAACUGAUAAAGGGAUAGAUAAACUGGUUGACUGCCUACUUGUGAUGCGUACCUACUACAGAUACAUGUUUGUGUGAGUGUGCAUCUUAUUUAACUCAUCAUAGCACUGAACACAGGAUAGCACUUGCCAGCCAAAACAUUUUGACAAAUGCGUCUGGUUUUUGGACUUAUGAACUAUUUUACCCUUAACCUGUUCAUUGCAAUUGUGUCCAAAUACAUCGAGUUAGUAAAUAGUAAUUGAUUUCAUUGCAUACAAGUGUUAUAUUUUUAUUAGAACAUUUUAAAAUUGAUCUCAUCACGACCGAGCACUCAUCCAAAAGCAGGGUUAAUCUAUUAUAUAAUUAUUGCUUCAAUUAUUAGUAUAACUAGGUGGGUCCAGUAAUUUAUGAACAUUUCUGACGAAAGGGACAAACUGAGUUUUUAAGAAAAUAAUCAACAUUAUUGUAACAUCAACUCAACAGAUGUAUAACACAAACAUCCUCAACUGCUGUGUAAAAUAUUUUUAAUAAUAAUUCAUUUACCAACUUAGGUAAAGAAAAAAACCAUUUCAACUGAAUUAAAAAUAUUUGUCCGAAAUGUUCAAUAACUUUACUGAAACCCUACUCAUUCAAGCAAGUCUAGACUUCUACAUUAGUAAUUCUAGUAAUCCUAGUGCGUAAUUUCUAAUGUAAUGAGCAUUAACACUGUCCAUUGUCGUACUUGCGUAAUUUAAUUUAAGACUGUUUUACCUGCUAUUGACAUAUUGGCUGAAUUGUUAAUUUAGUAAUAAUGAAUAAUAUGAUUUAUUUAUUAUUUUUUUGGAUUUGGGUUAAUCAUUUCAUGUUUCAGGAAACAUUAUCUUCGAUUUUUUAAUCUUAAAAAGUAUAUAGCAAGCAAUAAGUAAAAAAAAUCAAGUAAAUUCUGUUUCUGUUAAAUGUUUUUACUAAAUACAGUGUGUUAAUCUCAUGAAUUUGCCUUGGAAGAAGAUAAAAAGCGUUUCAUAUUUAAUGAUUUUCUCUCAACAACAACAAAACUAUAUUGUCCUAGUCUGUAUAAAUUAUUUGAUUGAGUCAGUUUUGUUCCAACAAACAGUGUAGUGAAAAGGGAAAAAGGCAUGGAUAUCUUUUUAACCAAAUGUAGCUAAAUUUAUAAAGUUAACAUGUGGUUGGGAUCAAUGAAACAUACAAAGAACUCAUAAUAACAAUGACUAUAUUAAUAGACAUUUGCAGUCACUUACAAAAAUGAAGGAGCCAUUUUUAAAAGAUGACUUGAAUACUUUUAGUAAGAUAUUAAGUUAACAAAUUCUAUGUAAGCAUUUGUUUUCUAUUUCUAUUCUUUGUUGUAUUACAUACUUCUGAAAUUAUAAUGUAGCACUAAUGUUCAUGAUUACAAUUGCAAUGCGACAAUGGAUAGUGUGUGAACCCUUAAUUGUAUUUUGCCAAUCUUCACUGUCAAUAAAUGACAAUCUGCCAUUUUUUACGUACCCAUAGAUUUUAAUAAGUGUAUUAAAUGUAUGUGUAAAUGAUA